AUGGCAGCCGUGGAGUUGGUGGCAUGGAUGCAGCUCAGAGUGUGGAGCGUCUGGGUCAUGCAGGGCCUGGGCUUUGGCUCGGAACCAGCAGACAAUCUAGGCUCCAGUGAGGCCACAGUCUGGAAUGCUGGAGUAGACUUCAGAAAAAGAGAGCAGGCCAAAGGGGAGCGAUACCUCCGAGCUUGUGCUAAAGAACAGCUGGCAGCCUUGAAGAAACACCAUGAAAAUGAGAUCUCUCAUCAUGUGAAAGAGAUUGAGUGCCUGCAGAAAGAAAUGGAAGAGCACAAGCAGUUGGUCAAGAAACUAAAGCAUCAUGAUGAUGAUUAA